AUGCUCACUUCUUUCAACUUCAAUAAAGAUUUUCAGAUUGCAGGUUGUCCAGCUGCUGAGAAAGUCCUAUCAUUGAAUAAAAAUUAUUCAGAUAAUUCCGGAUGCUUUGAAAGUUAUGUGGAUAAUUUAAAAAUCGAUGAAUCGAUGAUGGACAGUAGUUGCUGUGAUGAUAAAUUUGAAGUGGUGUCGUCACCAGUGGUUACAGUGAUAUCAGAUCGUCUACCCGUGUCUUCGUUGACCUCCUCCACAUCUGUGAUAGCCUCAACUGCUGUUAGUACUGUUACUACCAGUAAUAGUAUAAGUGGUGGCGGCUGUGGUGGGAAUGGUAAAACAAUAUCGAAUCUUGUAAAUCUUCAUCCUAAUCUACCUAAAUUAGACAUACACUGUCAUAAUAAUGCUAAUAACAACAAUAGUCGGUCUACCGGUAGACAGUCUGAUCUCAGUUCAACUAUUGCUAAUAAUGUAUCCCUUAUUCCCAGUAAUUCUAUUGUGAUCACUGCAGGUGUUGCUCCCAUUGCUGCUGCCACAAUGAUGAGUACUACUGCUUCACUUGGUCUAAUUACUAGCAGUAGCUGUAAUGAAGAUCACAACAACCGAUUAACGUCAACGACCACAACAACAUCGACAACACGUCGACCAUCCACCCUCUUACCAGCAUUAUCAACAUCAUCAGCUCAACCGUUAGAUGUGUUGAAAGCACAACGUCAAGCUUUAGCUAAAGUCGCUGAUGGUAUGAAUCAAGUCAUCCCAUCAUUGUCGAGUAAUGCAACAUCCUGUUUUUGGUCAUCAGCUGAUUUACAAAAUCUGUCACCUAUUCUUACACCAUCCACAUGGAAAUUAUUGAAAAAUCUAACUUCUACAAGUAAUAAUAACACUAAUAAUAGUGGUAGUGGUAGUAGUAGUAGCAAUAACAGUAGUAUUCAACAAUCCUUCCUAGUAACACCAACUCUAAGUCCAUUAUAUUCUGCUCUACCAACACAAACAUUUGCUUCGUUAACAAGUAUGGAAUCACUGAGAUCUUUAAGUAAUAAUAAUAAUAAUAAUAUUAAUAACAACAGUAUCAGUGUUCCAGUGAACGAUGGGUCGAAUCCACUGUCAGAUGUAAAUAAUAAUAGCAAUAAUAGUCUCUCUGUCAAUCCUAUACUCAUAGGUAGUCAAAACUCGAAUGUGUCAUUGUUGUUGAGUAGUAGCAAAGUUGCUUUUGGUAACUGUGAUAAUAAUAAUAAUAAUAACAAUAAUAAUAAUACUCGUAAAAGUGAGUCAAGUCAUACCAUUACCACCACCACCACCACUACUACUACUACUAUUACUAGCACUACUACUACCAAUGGUAAUAACAAUAGUAGUAUUAGUAUUACCGAUGAACUCAGUCGUUCCAUACAAAUACAACAAUCGACUCAAUUGAAUGCACAAUAA